CAGCUGUUGACAGUCAACAAACUCGUGUAACUUUAUAUUUUAUACAAAAAUGCCUCUAAUAGACGCACCCCAAACAAAAUCUAAUCCUGAAAACUGUCGAACAUGUGUUGACUUUAAGUCAUGGGCUAAACAGCAGAGAAAAUCAUUGACAACUUCUGAGAAAAAAGAUGUAAAAAAGGAAGCAGAGCCUGAAGCACCAAGAAGAGAUGACUGUCCACUUGAUAAAGAUGGCCUUGGAAGAUCCACUUGGGGUUUAUUACAUACAAUAGCUGCUCAUUAUCCAGAGGAACCGACAGACCAACAAAAGAAGGAUGUCAAGAGCAUUUUCGGUACUUUAUCAAGGCUGUAUCCAUGUGAAUAUUGUGCUCGUGACUUCCGGAAUGAACUUAAGGAAACACCAAUCCAGCUACAAAAUCAGCAUGUACUUAGUCAAUGGUUGUGCAGGAUACACAACAAAGUGAAUAUAAAAAUAGGAAAGCCUGAAUUCGAUUGUAGUAAAGUAAAUGAAAGAUGGAGAGAUGGUUGGCUCGACGGAUCAUGUGACUGAAAGGAGUUUAAUAGAAAUGCAAAUAAAAUUGACUGUUCCAAAUCUUUAGUAUUCAUCCAGU